AUGGUAAAAUGGUUGAAAAGUCAAAAUUGGAGACUUAGAGGGUGUAAAGAGUGCACUAAUGUGCGGUGUGGGGUUAAGAGGAUGCGCGAGGAGGAGCUGGAGGUGGCCCUCAAGGUUGUGAUAGUUGGAGACGGCGGCGUCGGCAAGUCCAGCAUGAUCCAAAGAUACUGCCGCGGAACAUUCACCAGAGACUACAAAAAAACCAUCGGCGUCGACUUCCUUGAGCGACAGAUAGAAAUCGACGGCGAAGAAGUCCGCUUGAUGCUUUGGGACACUGCCGGCCAAGAAGAGUUUGAUGCAAUCACAAAGGCCUACUAUAGAGGCGCUCACGCAUGUGUCUUGGCUUUUUCUACUACAGACCGAGACUCAUUCCUUGCAUUACAUUCGUGGAAACUUAAGGUGGAAAACGAAUGCGGUGAAAUACCGACUAUUAUCGUUCAAAAUAAAAUCGACCUGAUGGACCAGUGUGUUGUGGGACCAGAUGAAGCAGAAUUAGUUGCACGAGCUCUGGGCUGUAGAUUAAUGAGGGCGUCAGUAAAGGAGGACGUCAAUGUUGGAGCAGUUUUUCGAGCGCUAGCGGCUCGCUGCCUUGCUGACAUGAGACGCGAAAAUGCAGCAGACAUGACGACUCCUACUAUAGCACCUGUUAUAGGUACAUUUACGAACCACAACAGCAACGGGACAAUCUUGCUUCGUCCAGUGAAACAUAGACCUGGGGGUAAAAAGAAAAACGUAUUGAAAAACGCCUGUCGUAUUUUGUGA